ACUGAUAUUCAAGCUCUGCAACUAUGAUGUCACAAAGACAUUCUAGAACUCUGCUGAGCAUUGGGUCGCCACAAAGACACAAACCUGAGAUUACUUUGAUCUCAGUUUUGAGGUGAGAAGACUCAAUACAUUUAAAGACCAACAUCAGAGAGAACAUGGAGUACACUAACAUAAGUGAAACGGCGUUUAAUUUGUUUGAUGAAGCACGUUUCCAGGGCGAACACACUGACGUUAUCAUCAGGGCAGAUGGCACAGAAUUUCGAGCGCACAAGAUCAUCUUGUCUGCCUUCAGCCCUUACUUUAGGGCUCUUUUCUCCAACAACUGGAGCAGCACAGAAAAACAAUUUUAUGAAAUUCCAGGAAUGUCCCAAGACUCCCUGUCUCAGAUUAUUCAGUUUGCAUACACAGGAUCUUCACUCAUUACAGAAGAAAAUGUGACAGAGCUCUUGUUGGCGGCUGAUCAGUUUUUGGUGUGGGGUCUUGUUGAUGCUUGCUGCCAGUUCCUGGAGGAACAUUUAUGCCCAGAGAACUGCAUUGGCAUCUGCAGGUUUACAGAGGACUUUUUUUCCUGCUCAAAGCUCCACCAUAAAGCAAUGCACUACAUCCUGCAGAACUUUGAGGAGGUUCUGCUCAAACCUGAGGAGUUCCUGGAGCUCUUGCUGGAACAACUUGAAGAAAUCAUUGGAAAGGAUGAGCUGAAUGUUAAACAGGAGAAGGUGGUUUUUGAAGCAGUCCUCCAAUGGAUUAAUUAUGCACCUGAAAACAGGAAGCAAACCAUUGCCAUGCUUCUGCCAAAGGUUCGACUGGGGUUGAUGCCAUCAGACUACUUCAUCAAUAAUGUGAAGAACAAUCCACUGGUGAUGGAGAAUGAAGCCUGCAAGCCUGUUAUCAUCAAUGCAAUGAAGACUAUGUUUGACCUCAGCAUGGAUGAAUCCACCAACCAAGAGCUCAUACAUCAACUGACACGCCCACGUCUGCCCUCAGAGAUCCUAUUGGCCGUCGGAGGAUGGAGCGGCGGCAACCCCACAAAUGAGAUUGAGGCAUAUGAUGUGAAGGCGGACCGCUGGGUCAAUGUAACUCAAGACGAUGAGCGUCCCAGAGCCUAUCAUGGUACAGCGGUCCUGGAGGAGUUUGUUUAUUGUGUUGGUGGUUAUGAUGGUGUGGAGUAUUUCAACAGCGUGAGGAAAUGGAAUCUCAUCACUCACACUUUUCACGAGGUGGCCCCCAUGCAUGAACGCCGAUGCUAUGUAAGUGUGGCUGUUCUGGACGGGCUCAUAUAUGCAAUUGGUGGUUUUUAUAGAUAUCAACGCCUUAAAACAGCAGAGCGUUAUGAUCCAAACACCAAUCAGUGGACACUGACAGCACCCAUGAAUGAACGGAGGAGUGACGCCAGCGCCACCUCACUGCAGGGCAGGGUUUAUAUCUGUGGUGGUUUUACUGGGAUCGAGUGUCUCUCUUCGGCUGAGAGUUAUAACCCGGAAACAGAUCAGUGGACUCUCAUCUCUCCCAUGAGAAGCCGCCGCAGUGGUGUCGGUGUGAUCGCUUACGGAGAUCUAGUGUAUGCUGUUGGUGGUUAUGAUGGUGCCAGUCGUUUGCGGAGUGUGGAGGCCUACAACCCGCUGACUGACAUCUGGCGUGAUGUUGCAGCAAUGUACAACCCACGCAGCAACUUUGGCAUUGAGGUAGUUGAUGGUCAGUUGUUUGCUGUCGGAGGCUUUAAUGGAAUUGGCACCACCUGUGAUGUAGAGUCCUACGAUGAGAAGACAGAUGAAUGGUUUGAUGCAAAUGAAAUGACCAUUUACCGCAGUGCCCUGAGUUGUUGUGUAGUAUCAGGAUUGCCUAACAUGGCAGAGUAUGCUGCCCUACGAGACGCCGUACAGACACAAGACGAGUCUGACAGUGAAUGAUCUCCUUCUAGCAGAUCUGACAGUCUGGUUACAAAAGGAGUGUCACGUUUCCUGAAUAAAUGCAUUCAAAAAAAGAGUAUGUAUUCUAAAUGUUAAACUUCCUCUCAGGUGUAGUGUUGUUCAAAUCUCGCAAGGGAUCUCUGGAGCUCAACAAACCAACAUCUAAUAUUGAGAAUUCUGUUUACUGAGUAAACUAUUUAUUGCUUUAUUAAACUUUUACUGUCAUUACUGGUCUUUCAGGGUGGCCGGUGAAUGUGUCUUGGUCUGUGUUAUGAUUAUAGAUUGUGUAUGAUUGAUUUAACUCAUAAACAGUCUCUGUGAGAAGCAUUGAUUAUGUGGCGUUUUAGGCAUAAUCUACACGUGGAAAUAUAACUUUUGUGUUACAUUAAAAAGUUGAGCCUACAA